CGAAAAUUUGAUGAAACCACACAUCAGACGGCUAUAAAAGUGAACUGGUGCGUUAAGGCUUCACCAGAAGUAAUCCUAACAGCAGUGCAAUCCAACAUUUGCGGCACAAUGAAACAAUUCACGCUUCUAGCAGCUGUGCUGUGUAUUCUGGGCGCUCAGGCGGCACCGGACCGUACUCCUCGCAUCAUUAAUGGACAUACUGCUCCUCAUCAACCCUAUAAUGCGUACGUUCUGUACCUGAACGCACAAAACGCAGGAUUCUUCGGUGGUGGCUCUAUUAUCUCCGAUCGCCACGUUCUGACUGCUGCCCAGAACAUUGUUGGAUUUGUACGAUGGGACAUUGGAUUUGGCACCAACGUCUUCGUUCAUCUCAACAUGCUCACUUCAACCGUGGCCACAGCCCAUCCUCAAUACGCCGCUGCCACCCGCCUUAACGACAUCGGUAUCAUUACCCUGCCGGCUUCUUUGGUCUUCACUUCGACCGUCUCUCCGAUUGCCCUUCCAGCUCUCAAUGCCCAACCAGCAAAUCAGCAUCCCUUCGAAAAUGAACAGGGAGCGAUCGUCGGUUUUGGAUUCGUUAACGCUGCCUCAACGGGCCGUUCGGACUUCCUGAUGCGCUCCUUCCAGCGAGUGACGAGCAACGUUCGUUGCCAACAGUUCUUCCAGAUUACGCUUCCUCAGCACUUCUGCGCCGAAGACGCCGUCGAGAUUUCCAACGUUUGCAAUGGUGAUCUGGGAGCUGGUUUUGUCACCGAUGUACGUGGCCGGCCGACCGUUACCGGAGUGGCCUCUCUGAUCAGCCAGAGCUGCGGCAACACGUCCCCGUCUGGAUACACUCGGGUCGAAUUCUACCGACAAUGGAUCCAGAGUGUGACGCAAGUCUAACGGAAUCAAACCAGUGAUACAAUGCUUACGUUGCGAUCAAUGUGAGAAUAAAUAUUUCAUUAGUAAAUCGCAA